AUGUCGAACUCCAGAGGCGCACAGUCCCCUCAAAAGCGCCUCCUCAAAGAGCUCCAGGAGUACCACUCGGACCCGAACGAUGCCUUGCUCGAGCUUGGUCCUAUCAGCGACAAUGAGCUCAUGGAGUGGAGGGCGGUGAUGAGGGGUGUCGAGGGGACGGCCUACGAAGGCGGCCUUUGGGCCCUCCACAUCACCCUCCCCCCAACUUAUCCCCUCCACCCGCCAACAAUCCGCUUCACGACGCCCAUCUGCCACCCCAACAUUCACUUCCAGACCGGCGAGAUCUGCCUCGACCUGCUCAAGACGUCCUGGUCGCCCGCCUAUACCAUCUCCUCGACGCUCACCAGCGUGCACCAGCUGCUCACGUCUGCAGAGCCGGAUAGUCCGCUGAACAUCGAUAUCGCGCAGUUGUUCCGGCAGGGGGAUAUGGUUGGAGCGGAGGGGCUGAUUAGGUUCUAUGUUGAGAGUGAGCGGUGGAGGGGAUGGUGA